GUGUAUAAGGAUCAGUCAUGUCAGUGUUAAAGCGGAACCGACACAGCAAACGUUCAUCUGAGUCCAUCUACGACAUGCUGCACCUGAGCACAGAGCAGGUCGCUGCCUUUUGCCGGAGCCUUCAUGAGAUGAACCCUUCAUCGGAAGCUGCUUCUUCUCCGUCCUCUUCCUCACUUCCUCGACAGCUCUCGGAUGCCGAUAAACUGCGAAAGGUCAUCUGUGAGCUAGUGGAGACCGAGCGCACCUACGUUAAGGAUUUGAAUUAUCUUAUUGGGAGAUAUUUGACUCCACUACAGAAGGAAAGCUUCCUCACCCAGGAUGAGCUGGAUGUGUUGUUUGGGAACCUCCCGGAGAUGUUGGAGUUUCAGGUGGAGUUUUUGCGCACGCUGGAGGACGGAACUCGACUCGUCCCUGAUCUCGAGAAGCUGGAGCGAGUCGAUCAGUUCAAGAAAGUACUCUUCUCUCUCGGGGGGUCGUUCCUUUAUUAUGCCGACCGCUUUAAGAUCUACAGUGCAUUCUGUGCAAGUCACACUAAAGUCCCUAAAGUCCUGGUAAAAGCAAAGUCUGACCCAGAUUUUAAGGCGUUCCUAGACGAGAGGAACCCGAAGCAGCAGCACUCGUCCACACUCGAGUCGUAUCUGAUUAAACCCAUCCAGAGAGUGCUGAAGUACCCGCUGCUGCUGCGUGAACUUUACACACUGACCGACCCCGAGAGCGAGGAGCACUACCACCUGGAUGUGGCGGUGAAGGCCAUGAAUAAAGUAGCCAGCCACAUUAAUGAGAUGCAGAAGCUCCAUGAGGAAUUUGGCGCCGUGUUCGACCAGCUCAUCGCAGAACAGACCGGCAGCAAGAAACAGGUAGCCGAUCUUUCCAUGGGAGAUCUGCUCCUACACACCACUCUGAUUUGGCUCAAUCCAGCCUCGUCUCUGGGAAAAUGGAAGAAGGAGCCUCAGCUCGCCACCUUCGUGUUUAAGACAGCCGUUGUUUUUGUCUGCAAAGACGGCACUAAACAAAAGAAAAAAAUGGGUGGAUCACAACGUGGCUCUGUGUCUAAUGAAGACAGAGACCCCUUCCGUUUCCGUCACAUGAUCUCCACUGACGCUCUUCAAGUUCGAACCCUGACUGGAGCAGACGGUGACAGUGCUGCAGUGUGUGAGAUCAUCCAUGUGAAAUCUGAGUCGGAAGGAAGGCCAGAGAGAGUUUUUCACCUCUGCUGCAGUUCUCCUGAAAGCAAAAAGGAUUUCCUGAAGACAGUGCACUCCAUUUUACGAGACAAACAGAGACGGCAACUGAUGAAGACAGAAAGUCUGCCUCCCAGCCAGCAGUACGUGCCUUUCGGAGGGAAGCGUCUGAGCGCUCUGAAGGGAGCUAGACCCACUAUGAAUCGAGCAGCCUCUGCUCCAACUCGUACUUUGGGUCGGCGCAAGCUAGUGCGAAACCGUUUCACCAUCGACACUGACAUCGUGUUCGACACCGAUGCCGACGCUGACUCACCAGACUCCCAGACCUCCUUGCAGCCGGGUGACACAGACCGCUGGGUGGAGGAGCAGUUCGAUUUGCAGCGAUACGAGGAGCAUGAGCAAACAAAAGAGACGGAUUUACUGAGCGACGAGGACGGCAAUGGUGACGAUGAAGACAUCAGCCAGGAGCUAGAAGGACCCGUGUCGGCCAUGUCGCUGGAGGACGAGGAGGAGGAAACUAAAGCUGAAGGGAAAGACUGCAAAUCCCACCAUGCUUUGAAGCUGUCUCACGUGGGGAAGCAGUGCGCCAUGUCUGUAGCCAGCGUGGACGAGCAGUCGGUUAUUGCCGGCGAGGAUGUGUGGGUGCGACGAGAAAUGAGCAGUACUGAGAGCGAUACACAGAAUGAGUCACAGAGCUGAAGACUAGCUGACAUUACAGAAUUGCGUAACAAUAGAGUUAAGCUCUAACACCAAACAGUAACACAGAGCUCAUGUAGGGAUUGAUUGGUGGAAUUUGGACAGAAAAAAAAAGAGAAAGAAUUGUAAUGACCAGACAUCUCUUUAAAAGAAAUACAACACUAAAUACACUGGGCAAGUGCUAAUCCCUGUUGAGCAGCACAGUCUUACUCAUGUACUACAAGUACACACUUACCUUACUCUUUCUGAAGGAUUGAGGAUUGUCAACAAGGCCCAGAGUGCAAAAGCACUGCAGAGGUUCUGUCCAGCACCACAAAUACACGCCGAUCAGCCAUAACAUUAACAACACAGAUAGGUGAAGUGAACAAACAGUGGCACAGGUCAAGGGGUGGGAGGUAUUAGGCAGCAAGUGAACAGUCAGUUAAUGUGACUGUUGGUGUGUUGGAAGCAGAAAAAGUGGCCAGGUAUAAGGAUAUGAGGGACUUUGACAAGGUUCAAAUUGGGAUGUCUAGUGGACCAUCACCAAAAGGGUGAGGUGUUUCCAGUGUGCAGUGGUUAGUACCUACCUAAGGUGGCCAGAGGAAGGAAAACCGGUGAACAUGAACAUGAGGAAUGAUAGAAAGAUGUUAGACCACACAGUGCAUCAGAGCUUACUAAGUAGCUGCAGACCAGUCAGGUGCCCAUGCUGACCCCUGUGCAUUGCCUUUAAUCUACAAUGAGUGGUUGAGCAUCAGAACCAGACCAUCGAACAAUGGACGAUGGUGGCCUGGUCAGAUGGCAAGCCGACAGAGACAGUGUGAUGCAUUGGGCAAUGUUCUGCUGGGUCCUGAAGCCUUGGAAGCCUUGGUCCUGACAUUCACGUGGAUGUUACUUUGACUUGUACCACCUACCUUUACAUUGUUGCUGACCAAGUACACUGCUUCAUACCAAAGGUAUUCCCUAAUGGCAGUGGCCUCUUAGGCAGGAUAAUGCGCCCUGAGACACUGAAAUCAUUUUUCAAGAAUGGUUUGAGGAACAUGGCAAAGAGUUUGGAAUGAAGUAUUGACUUUGCUGCCGAGUUCUUCAGAGUCCGAUUCGGUGGAGCAUCUGUGGGAUGUCCUGGACAAACAAAUACGAUCUGUUGAGCCCCCACCUUGCAGCUUGCAGGAUUUAAAGGGCCUGCUGUGAAUGGCUUGGUGCCAGAUACCACAGCACACCUUCAGAGGUCUUGAGGGGUCCAUGCCUCUACAGAUCAGAGCUGUUUUGGUGGCAGAAGUGGGAUCUACACAAUAAUAAGGCUUGUGGUUUUAAUGGUAUGGCUGAUUGGUGUCUAAUUUAUUAACUGUCUCAACUAGCACUUUUGACAUGCGUCAAGACACUUUCGGUGGAUUUGGGUAUCUUCUUUAAAUGAAAACCAUCUAAGAAGUAGGUGAGAUUAUUUGCUUUGAAUAUUUCCCAGAUGGAUCAUGAAUAUCUAGCCAACAUCAUUUUGAUGUGUGAAAUGUGCAAUAAUGAAGCACGCAACCAUAAGCACUGCUGACGCUGCGUUACGUUGGCAAAUUAAGUACACGUGUGGUUUUUGUUUUAAAAACAUACCCAAGUGUAUUGAUUACUGAUUGUAGGUGUGAGUGGGAUACCACUUCCCCUGUCCUCACUCGUGUUUAAGGCCCUGCAAACCUGACCAGGAGAUGGGAAAUGAUCAUAUUAACAACGUUGCAUUUAGUUUAUAUAGCACCUUUCUAACACACAAGGUUAUUGUGUAAUGUCCGCUCUCAAUCAGACAAUUCAUUAAUAUUAAUAAAGUACAUAAAGUAGAUAUUUACAGUACAUUGAUACAGAUACAGUACCUGUCUAACCAUGGUUUGAUGGAUGGAUGGAAUGAAAGACUACUAUGUUUUUUUUUUUUUCAGAACUAACAGAGAAUUCCUACUUGCUUGCUUCCUACCAAGUCCCAAUAGCAAAGUCAUUCCCUUGUGACCAUGUCCUCGGGUGCCAAGUAUAAAAUGUAUUUUCUUAAAUACAGUUAACCCAGGUUGCCUUGUGCUCCAGAAACAACUGUUUAGGCUUUCUUCAAAACUAACCUUAAAAUAGUUCAUUUAAAAGCAUCUUGAAUCUUCUUAAUCUUAAUUUAUAUUCAUAUGCCAGUUAACCAACCCCUUCUGUCUGGUUGCCGUGUCCCACCUAUUCCAUCCCUGUUGGUUCCUCUCACUGUCUGUUGGUUUUUCUCCUAUAAUAAUAGGUUUGAUUCUCUGAAUCUAUUCCCUUCUGGUGCCCAAGUGUGACCCUACUGUCAUUAUCUCGUCCUCUAUUCAGAAUGUGCACAAGCCAUGUCCACCUUCUUCUCCAUGUCCACCUUCUUCUCCAUGCCCACCUAGUUUAUUUUCACAAGGUGAGAAUGCAGAGAGGUGAGCUUUAACAGAUUUAAUAGUGUUCUUUUUUUAGACUGUAGACUUGAUUUUUUGUCAUGGUGACAAUGUCUUAACUUAGCUCUUGGUUCUGGACAAAUUGGAAUACGCUACAUGUUUCAGUGGUAACUUCUCUGAUAGUCCUUCAGUUUUAAAACCUUCACGUUUCCUUACACAUUUCCGAUCUAUUGUCCUCUAGUACCAAUUUUAAAAAUCACUUCUAUGAACUUUUUGACAAGAUAAGAAGAAAAUUUAUAGGUGAGGUCACGGUCAGAGUCGAUGACGUUGCUAUUAGUACUUGUGAAAGAAAUGAUCAAAAGAUAAAACUCUGCGAGCUUGGAAGGAAACUGAUAAUGAAUCCAGAGCGAUCUGGAUUUUCUUGCCGUUUGUUUUUAACCAUUAUUUCUGUUGGCUGUUGUAACAGAUUAAUCAGGAUGGUGGGUGGCUCCACUAAAGCGCACUAUUAGGGGUCGAGUACACUGUUCACUUAUGCGUGGUUGCCUGGAGGAAUGGGAUGGUUUUAAAAAUUACAGUGUUCUUGUGAUGUCUUCCUUAAUAGUGAACAAAGACACAUAUUAUCAGAAAGAGAUGUUUACUUUUUUUUUUUUUUAAAGGAAUCGUCAGAAAUAUGGUUAUUACUUGUAAAAGUCUGAGAUAUAUGAACUCUGAGAUACUUUUUCAACAUGUAUGGUUACGUACAGUUUCAGCAAAGCAUCGAUCUGUUUAAAAAAUAUCAUAAUUCAUAAUUUAGUGAUCAUUGGUUUAUAGAAAUGCUACAAUCACACAGGCAUAGGAUGCUGUAUGAACACACACACAUACAUCAGUGCUUUUUCUACUACAUGCUCCUGGAUGUGUGUGUGUGUGUGUGUGCGCGCGUGUACGCGGUGGUCUUUCAUACACUCAGUAUGCUUUAUUCAGUGUAUUUGUUUAGUUAUUAAUUUUGCACAAUGCUGGGGCUAGCUAGACAGACUGCCAAAGUCCCAGUUUCUCAACUUUUGUAUUUUAUUCAGUUCGUUCAUUCGGUUUUAAGCGCCUAUUGUUGUUUUUUAUUUAUUGUGUCAAUCUACAGUAGAGUUUUUGUUAGUCUUCUAAAUAUUCUAAUAAUUCAAAUAACAUGUACAGAUGCUAAGUUUUAGUAAGAUCAGCAUUUUUUUUAAGUUGUACAUAUUUGCAUUGAUGACAUUUUGUACAUGUGUACAUAUCCAGUAUAAUUACAUAUAUACAUGUAAGGAAAAAGGUAUAGGGACUCUGAUUGUGUAGCAGUUUAAUUUAUUUUUUCUUUUUCUUUUUUUUGUAAUUUAUCGACUGAACGUCCUGAAUCAAGACUGGAUAAUUUUAUGUUAUGAUAAACAUCUGAUGUACAGUACUGUAAUGCAUCAAAUAACAGUCAUAUUCAGCAGAAGAGUCGUAUUUUUCACUUCAGUUAUAAUUCUGCUAGCUAGAAAUCAUUUUGGAAAUCCAAUCCAAUCUUCUUUUUUUUUUAACUGUAGGUGUACUAUAGCACUAAAAACAUAAAUAAAAUAUCACUAGGAUACCAAAUUUUAUUCAUUCGUCUACAGCAGUUGCACAUUCAAAACAAUUUCGUGGUCAUUACUCAUAAUUUUGUAUUAGAUUUAAUAACUGUUAACACCUGGGCUUGGUUUUAGAAAGCAUAAUCAGUUACACCAGUUAAAAUGUCUCUGAUCUGUCUGAAACCUGAAUGAAAUCGCAACCUGUCAAACUGGAAGACAGACAGCUGUAUAAUUGUGCUGCCUGUGGUUUGUUCAUGCUUAUAACAUUUCUGUUUUCUAAGACUUUGGGUUACUACUGUAUAGCGGAAAGCAGUCAACCUCUGUUUCACAGUUGCUGAAUUUAGAACAGCUGUUUCUAACUAACAUACGAAAGACUGACACCUGCAAAAUGUCACAUACACUGAGGUUCGCAUUACGAUCAGUCUGUUUAAGCCUAUUUACUAGGUAUAGUAGGCAUUCUUUUACAUUCUAUGACUCUAAGUUUUUUGCUUAAGUUUGACCAUAUAUGGUAUAAAGGUCAGUAUAUUUGGUUUAUAAAGGUGAUUGAAAGAUUUUGCAAAAAUGUGACGUAAACCAUCAUCGGAUUUUUACUUAAGUUGGAAAAGUAGAUAAAGAGAA